GUUUGCGUGUGAGAGAAAAAGAGGGCCCGAAAUGAGAAGACACUGACACACUUCUUCGUCGUCCUCCUGGCACUGGUUUGGUCUCAUUCUCUCCACACGAAAAGGCAGGAAAGGAUCGCCUUUUCCCCUCAGAGCAGGAUGUUCAAUGGCGGCCGGGCCUGGUUCUCUCAAAGCGUCGGCAAAGAGCUCUGCCGGCUCUGGGUUGCUGAAGGAGGAGUCAUUACAAACCAGGAUGCUGCAGACUAUCUGUUCAGCAGCGAUGCCUCCCAUCCUGAUACAAAAAGAAUACACCAGAGCUUAGAUUAUCUCGAAGACAGAAUUACAGUUUUUCAUUCUUGUUAUCUUGCCACUUGUGCCAACUCUGAUACAAAGGACACAGUGCCAUUGGGACAUUUUGUUCUCCCACCAGCCUGCUUGCACCAAGAAAUAAGAGAGAAAAUUGGAAGCUUUAAAUGGGAACAACUAGCCAAUUCUCAGAAGCCACAGGAAGAACUGCAUCUUGACAGUCAACCUGUUGAAGUCACAGAUAUCAGGGAGGAAGAUACCCUAAAGAGCAAAAUAGCACUGGAAAGAAGUUGCACUAGAGACAUCCAUGCUCCUGAGACACUAGAAACAGGCAAACUGAGUUACAUUCCACUUCGAGAUUAUCCAGCAAGUAAUAUGGUGACAGGUUAUGCUUCUGCUAAAGAGAUGAAGAAAUUCCGUGGGGAAAUGUGUGAUUUCAUUCCUGGAUCUUCGGGUUAUUUGGCAUAUUGGAUUCCAAAUGAAACAAAUGAUCUAUCUGUUGCAAAAACAAAAGUUAAAAGAAAAUAAACAAAUGACUUCUAGAUUCUUAUGUUCAGCUGGUUUCAGUGGACUCAUAAAGUGUGACUGUGGCCUCUAGAUGGAGCUAAAGCUUAACUAAACUAAAUUAAAACAAUUUAAAAGCAAGAUGUGCAAUUUGAAACAAGCAGAGCAGAAACUAUGGCAGGUGUAAUCCCAGGAACUGAAAAUAUUUACUAAAUCUUCAUGGCAUCACAUACUUCUUUAAUGUUGUCAGUGUGAUGAAGUACACAAAAGAGUCUCAUUCCAAAACCAAAUCUCAGUUUAAAACAAUGUGCAAUUUUUAUCAAAUUUAGUGAUGCAGUAAAUACAAAUAAUUGACCAACAAAUUCUAAAAGGCUGUUUGCAUAUGGAUCUAUCUAUCCACAGAUGGAUAUAUUAUGUAAAUAAAGGCAAUGAAAAACCACAAGAGUGUCACAAAUUUGUUGCGACUUGAUUGUGUUUUGUGGCC